AUGCCGAGCGACGAGAAACAUGGUGCUGCUGUGCACAGGAAGCCUCGCCAAAACACUGGAUUAUCCCGCAGCGUAGCGCCAGGCCUUCACGACAAUCCCAUCAAGAUUGAAGAUGAAGGGAUGAGCCCUUCUCGUAUCAAGAAUGAGGAUGAAGACAUAAACCUCGUGUCUGUUGCCAAUACAGACGAGUCCGAUGUUGAAAACUUCUCAACAGUACCAAGCAGCCCUCUAAACGACCAUAAGCUUAUCGAAGGCGAAAACUAUUUUAAUGCGCUCGUCGAUGAAGCUCCAACCAGGACUAAGGACCGCUCCAUGAGCAAUGUCCCUCACUCAGCUGCCGAGAACUUUGAUAUGAAUUCUGCUACCAACGUCGAAAGCUCAAUGCUAGACAUCCCCGAGCCUCUGUCUUCCAGUCCGCUGGGAUCCGAGGCCACCACUAUCUACGAGGCCAAAGUCUUUGGUAUGGACUCCUCUCCUGAGGCAAAUCAGAACCAAGCCAAGAGACCACUGGAAGACACGGGCUCGGAGCAGCAGGACAAGAAGCAGAAACAAGAUGAGCAGUUUCACCCCUCACACUCCGAGGAUAUAAUACAACGGCGACUGAAUGAAGAUCUCAAAGUUCAACGCCACUAUCGGCUGAGGGCGGAGUGCAAGAUCCAAGGCCUGGAAAAAGAGCUGGGAAUUCUACGGGACGGGCUAGACACCGCCCAGGAAAAGAUUGGGAUCUGGCACGACAAGUCGGACGAGCUACAGGGAGUUCUGGACGAAACUGUUGAUGAACUACGCAAGGCAAAGAAGGAAUGCAUUUCGGCAAAGCAGCAGAAGACUAAAACAGAGAACAAACUAGCACUGCUUGAAAAAAAAUUCCAGCGACUACAUGAUCAGCUGGCAGCAUCCAAGGAGGAAGCUGCCGCAGCAGUUACUGCCCUUUCUAAAGAGAAAGAAGCUAAAGAUUCGGUCGAGAGAGACAUGAAAGAAAAUAUUAAAGCAUUGCAGUACGAGAAACACCAGCGAGAAGCGGCCGAGCAGGAGGCUAGCGAGUUCAAAAAACGUUGGAAACAGACCGCCCGCAAGCUGGAUCGCAACAACAAGCCUAAGCAAGUACCUCACCAGGUCAGCGAUCAGCACCUGGUUGAAGAGUUGGGAAAGCUCAGGUACAGAAUCAGCAACUUUGCCGUGACUCAUUUCGAUGGAAAGCCUCUGCACCAUCAGAAGCCUGCUCUGCAUGUUACGGAGAGACUGGACAAGCUAACCUCGGCCGAUGCUGGAGCAUGGGGUUAUCUUCAGUCAGCGACCCACUGUCCCAGUAUUGUCCAAGCUUGCAUAUGGAAUGAACUCCAGCAAAAGGUGUUCGACAGCUUCCUUUGGGCAGAGAGAUGCAGUGAUCAUCUUUCUGACCUCGUUGCUGGCAUGAAGAUGCACAGUGGGGACUACCUAAAAUCAUCGGAUAAUAACUUCGUCUUCCAUGAAUGGCGUGCCAAGACGGCCAAUCUAAUGAUCGACAUGACGGCUGGCUUUCCCACACUGUCUAAAAACAUGGAAAAAGAGAAGAACACCAUAGCGGAUGAGUUGGGGAAGCAGCUUGCACCCUUCCGCAGGUCUCAGGUGCGAGGAUCCUUUGGUAAGGAACUCCAUGCUAUCGUCGACCAAGCUACAGCACUCGAUAUGGAGAUGAGCAGGCAGUUGGCACAUCUGAAAUGGUGGCAUCCAGAUUUUGGACGUGGCAACUGCCCAUUCGACGAGGAGACCAUGGUGCUGGACAAAGGUGACAAUUACUCAAAUAGAGCCGACAGGGUGCUGCUCGUGGUGGCGCCGGGCCUCAAGAAGUGUGGCCGAUCGACGGGCGAGGAUUUUGACCGAGAGAGCGUGCUGCUCAAGGCGGAGGUGACUUGUGAUCUUGCACCGUUGUGGGAAGUCAAUCCACGUCGGUAA